GCGGGAAAUAGACAAGUACAUUGAUUUUCUCUUUUCAUCGCAUACUAUGGCCAUGUCGCACAGCUCUGGUGCUUCGUCGACGGCUGCCGCUUCCACUCCAGGCGCCGCUCAGGCUGGCACCAAGCCUGCUCAGGCUGGCCGGAAGAGCAGCGGCGCCGGGGUCGUGCAGAACGGGAGCACCGAAGGCUCCAAGCACAAGUCCGCCGACACGGCAGCUAUGUCAAGCUUGGCGUCGUUCAUGUCCCAGCCCUUCACGCGGCCUCCGGAAGCUCCUGUAUUUCGUCCAACCGAAGAGGAAUUUUCCGAUUGUCUUGCAUACAUUGCCUCGAUUCGAGAGGAAGCCGAAAAGUAUGGCAUCUGCAAAAUCAUUCCUCCAGCAAAUUGGAAACCUCCGUUCGCCAUCGACCUGGACAAGUUUGUUUUUCCAACGCGCAAGCAACAGCUGAACGAACUCGAUGGCACUUCGCGCGUGCGGCGCAACUUUUUGGCCAUGAUCACCAAGUAUUGGAGCUUGCAAGGGUCUCCUUUGCAGUCCAUGCCGAUGAUUGGAACGCAAAAGGUCGAUUUGUACACGCUUCGCAACAUUGUCAAGCGAUGGGGUGGGCUUCAAGCCGUGACUUAUGGUCGCCGAUGGGACGAACUGGCGACCGUCAUGGGCUUGGCCUCGGAAGGCCAACGCCCGACACCUGGAGAGUCUCUGCGGUCCGUCUACGAGGCCAUCGUCAACCCGUUUGACAUUUUCGACACGCACGUCCUCAAGAGUGGCAACAAACAGGCGAACGGAGCGUCGAACAAUAGCGGAGGCCGCAUGAGCGGUGGACGCAUGAGCGGCGGACGCAUGGGUGGCGGUCGGAUGAGCCACGAGUCCUCCACGGAGAGCUUGGAUUCUGCUGGCCGGAUUGAUGCGCUUCUUCGACAGGAAGGGUCUCUUGAAACGCCAGCGUCUCCCAAGCCUGCUCCACCAGUUCCGGCUGAGCACCCUCCGCCAGGCGAUGUGUGCGAAGUUUGCCUGCGACCCGACGAUGAGAGCAAAAUCAUUCUAUGCGACAGCUGCGACCAUGGUUAUCACGUAUAUUGCCUCCAUCCACCGUUGCCGCGCGUCCCAGACGGUGACUGGUAUUGUCCACUCUGCAUGAAGAAGCAAAUGGAGGAGACCAUACAGCCAUACGGCUUUGACCAAAACACACCCAUCUCGUUGGGCAAAUUCAAAGUGAUUGCCGACAAGUUUAAAAUCUCGCGCUUUGGCUCCCUUGACGUUCCGAGCGAGGUUGUCGAGCAAGAGUUUUGGAAGCUAGUGUCCGAUUUCGACCACUCUGUGACUGUUCAGUAUGGCUCAGAUCUUCACUCAAACAUUUACGGCUCUGGUUUCCCGCACAAGGAUCGGCCAGAGACGUGCAAAGGUGUCGAUCCGAGCUAUGUGCACUCUGGCUGGAACAUGAACAAUGUCGCCUUCCAGCAGCGUUCCCUUCUCGCUUAUUUUCAGAAUGCCAUCGUUGGGAUGAUGGUGCCGUGGUGUUACGUCGGCAUGUGUUUUAGCUCAUUUUGCUGGCAUUACGAGGAUCACUGGGCCUACUCGAUCAACUACAAUCAUUGGGGCGCACCCAAGACUUGGUACGGUAUCGCUGGCAGCGACGCGGAUCUUUUCGAGGAGACAAUGCGCGCUGCCGUCCCGGAGCUGUUCGACCAAAACCCAAAUCUCCUGUAUUCCCUUGUCACCUUGUUAUCGCCCUCCGUGUUGAUGAAGUGCGGUGUCCGUGUGUGCCGCACUGACCAGCAUGCUGGCGAGUUUGUCGUCACAUUCCCGGCCGCCUAUCACGCUGGUUUCAAUCACGGCUUGAACUUUGCCGAAGCCGUCAAUUUUCUCCUCGCCGACUGGAUUCCCAUGGGCGCUCGGUGUCUCGAGCGGUAUCGCCUCGAUCGCCACACUCCUGUUCUCGCGUUUGAAGAGCUCAUUUUUAAAGCAGCUCGAAGCGCCUCUCAGCUUGACGAGCAGACCGCCAUCCAAGUCCACAAUGCAUCCAAGCUCAUCUUCGAGAAGGAGAUUGAGCUGCGGCAGCAAAUUGAGCGCGACUAUCCCGGCAUCAAAACGGUCAAAGGAGUUUUAUUUGAGAAAAUUCCGGAUGACGACCGCACGUGCUUUGUCUGCAACGCAUUGUGCUUCAAUUCGUCGUUGCAAUGCGCUUGUGGUCUGCCCACCCGAAUGACAUGUCUGCAGCACGCCUCUGAGCUUUGUCGCAAGUGUGCAGCUUCGGAUCGAUCACUCAACAUCCGCUUCGAUCCGUCCGAGAUGGAUUCAGUGUUGAAUUUGCUCUUGUCUCAACUCGAGUACUAUCAGACAUGGGUGACCAGCACUCGCGAAUUGCUUGCUCGCACCAGCCAGCCAGACAACCAUCCCACGCUGGAGGAGCUGGAGCACCAGCUCACGUCUGCUGCGGGCAUGUCUCCCCAGCAUCCAGAGAUGCAGCAGUUGCAAGCUACGGUGUCCAAGGCCCGCCGACUUGUCAGCCAUCACCAACUCGUCCUGGCACCGCGACAGCGUACUUCCAGACGCGAAGCGCAGCCAGCGACCAAUCCGUCUCUGACCGGAUCGAUCGUUGUCACUUCCACGCCAUUGACCGCGUCGGCUCGCACGUCGCUCGUGUCUUCCAGCGAUUUGGCCAACUGGAAGACGGAUGUUGAGACCAUCGGCGUCCAACUGCAUUUUGACUCUAGUGCGAUGAACCAAGUUGUCCAAAACCACCUGGAUCGGCAGCAGAAAAUCUUGUCGAUUGCCUACGCGUCACUGCAGCUCUUGAAGCAGCCGGGCUCAACCUCGCCGCUCGAAACCGCCAUUGUCGAUCGCAUCAACAAGAUCAUUCCGGAUGGCCUCAACAAUGCAAAGCUGUUUGGAAGCUCGAGCAAUAACGACAUGCGGCGAUCCAAGCACGAGAUUCUGCUGACUGCGUCCAGUGUCCUUUGUCGUCGCUUUGAUGACACGUGUAUUGCAGAGUUUGAGUCCUUCCACCCGACAGUUGCCACGCUUCCCGCGGACGCUGCGGACGCUGCCUCUGAGAGCGAGGGAGGCUCCUUUUUGCCGUCGCUCGAUUUUGUGGUCGAUCACUUCCUGCCCGACCUGUAUGUGUUUUACACCUGGGCAAGCGACUUUCCUGUUGCCAUUGAUGAUAUCGUCCUUCUCGAGGAGGUGAUUGGCCUGGUUCAGUGGUUUGUCGACAUGCGCACCCUGCUCAUGAACUACAGCAUCCCGUACCCGGCGCUUUCUGCGUUACUGACAAAGGAUCCUCGCGCGGCUCGCAACCAGCGACUGCUCGAGACCAUUGAGACUCUUCUCAUCUCACCUGCAGCACGCCGUGUGUGUGAAGUCGCCGAAAGGUUGCGAGCGGAAUGUCGCCAGUUGUUGCCAGCGCUACCAGCGUCGCUCGUCCACGCAACCUCCACCGCCGCUGCCGCCGCCGUCGACACGGAUGCCGCGGCAACGCAGGGCCUCAAGCGCAGCGCAAGCGACAACAACGGUCCCGACGGCCUGUCCAGCAACGGGGAUGCGGUUGCGCGGCUGUCUGCCCCGCUGCAUUCGUACAACCAACUUCCAGCAAACACCAUCUUCCCCACCUCUGACGCGACAACCUCUAGUCCCGUUUCAGCGGGCCCUCUCUCCCGGACAUCCAAGCCGCACGUUGUCGAAGCCCGCCGUGAUUUGCUGCACGAGCAGCGCGCGCAACAGGAGGCGUACUACCAAGCCAAGCGGCAAGCUAAAAUGGAGGCGCUACGGGCAGAAGCCGUGGCCAACGGUACGCUCCCUGACCUAGCGGCCUUGCAACGCUGCGUUGAUCGCGUGGCGCGCCAUCGCCUGAAGCUGGAAGAGUCCGAGCAAUUGCAAGACUGCAUUCGCAAGGCUCGUGCCUGGACUACGGCGCAUACGAAUGCCACACGAGAUGCGUUCCACGCAGCUAUCAUUCCGGGCUUGGACUUUGGGUCGGAAGCGCAAAAGCAACUGGAAGAAACGUACCAGCUGACGACCCGAGCGCGAACCGCGCCGUCCAUCAUCAUUGCCCAGGAGCUCUUGUCGCGAGCAAACGACCUGUUUGUCGUGCUCCCUGGCCUUGAGUUCUGGGAGGGAAAGAUGGAGGCAUCGGCCAAUUGGCUGCGUCGCGUCGUCGAUGCGUUUGUCCGGCCUCCCGAAGCUGAAGCCGAGGCGUAUCGCCGCCGCCCUGUUUUCGAGGUUGCCAGCGAGCUGGCCGCCAUCAUGUGGUCGCCCGCUCGCUCGUUGCAAGAGGUGCUUGCACUCCGCGAGCGGAACGAGGUGGAAGACCGGACGGAGGUCUGCGUCUGCAAAACCCGCAUGCGCGGAAUCAUGUCUUGCUGUGAAGUGUGCAGCGAUUGGUUUCACAAUGCCUGCAUGGGAUUGCCAAUCAACAUGCAGUCGAACGUGCGGUUUUUGUGCCCCAAAUGCUGUCGUACAGCGCGGCCGUCGCUUUCGGUGGCCAUGUCGCUGUUGGACGAGUACAAGGCUAACAUUCCGUUGUACAUUCCGCUCGCAGACAUCAUCGGUCGAGAGAUUUUGCCCACGUUGAGGUGGCAAGAGCACGCCACAUCGCUGCUCUUUCGGCUUGGCGCUCGCGAUCUCGCAUCCGAGAACCAACUUGAUGAACUAGAGGCGCGACUGAUUGAGGGCGAUCUCCUCGAACUCACCACGCCCGAGUACUCGCAGAUUAUUCUGGUUGCGCACCAGGUGGAGCUUGCGCUUUCGCAGGAGCGCUUUGUCGAUUUUUCAGCCGUUCCGCACGUCCCCGAAGCCGCCGUGGUUGCCAAGCCGAGCAAGCGUCCGCUUUCGGAUCCAGAGGAGCCACCCCGCCCUUCCAGUACUAUCAAGCGAUCGCGCGCGGAGGUUGUUGCCAGCGCGUCGGAGCGUGUCCCUGCGAUCGUUCCUGUGGCAAAUGAAACCAUCCCUGACUUUGAAGAACGCCCCGUCAGCGAGACCGAAAUGGAAGUGGAGAGCGAUGGCGAUCCCAACGAAGCUCAGGACCCGCACGAAGCUCAGGCCAGCACUCCGCCUCAUCAGGCUGAGGAUCUUUUGGAAGAAAUGCGGAAGGCUGCACCAGAGCUUGAUGACAAUGAGCUCCGCCGCAUUGCAAACACAGUGAAAAGAAAUCGUGGACGUCCACGAAAAUUCCCAGCAACACCCGAAAGCGCGCGCAGGUACCUCAUCCGCAAAGCUCGGCUCCAAGGUGCGCAGGUGCGCGAGCUUGCUAAUCGCGAAACUUGGCGCCAGGAGCGGAUUGCCUUGGCCCUCCGUCACAAGAUGGUCAACGAACAGGCCGGCGUGCUUCCAACGCAAGAUGGCAUCCAGACGUACUCGACCCGAAACCCUGCCCGGCUGACCAAGCAGUACUGCAUUUGCCGCAAGCCCGAGUCGGGCUACAUGAUUCGCUGCAUCCAUUGCGAAGAGUGGUUUCACGGCAAGUGCAUUGGGCUCGAUUUGCGCAACUCGGCAAACAUCAACAGUUAUGUUUGCGACGAGUGUUCGCGCAAAGCGUCGCCACAAAUGCGCUCUUUUGAGACCAUCUCAGAGGCCCAGAAACUCAAACUCAAAGACUCGAGGCCAGCCACACCCGCUGCUGCAAACAGCCCCGUGCCCGGCUCAACGGAGCCUGUGCUCCCUGCUAUUCGGUUUAUUCCGAGUCCCAAAAAGCAAGAGCUGGCCCAGUCGUCCUCCACAACCCCGCAGCAGCAUCCGCCGCGACCACCACCACCACCGCAACCCCAGGCGCAGCCCGUGGCUCUCCCAGCAGCUUCGCAACACCGACCGACUGCCGCUCAAGCAGCCCAGCAGCACCCGCCAACACAUCCAUCUCAGCGGCCGCCACAUCCAUCCCCAGCAUCGCAACCAAUGCCAUAUCCGCCACCCCCUCCGAUGCCCAUGGUUCCGCCAAUGCCCGUACCGCCUUACGGCGUGCCUCCGGCGAUGCCGCCAGUGGCAUCUGCUGCAGAUCCCUACGCGGGCUAUUACGGCAUGCAAAUGCCUGGGUACGACGCGUAUGCUGCUCAGUACUAUGCGUCCUUGGCUGCGCACAGCCAGCACUAUCCCCAUUACAUGAUGCCCCCGCCCGCGUCGGAUCCCGCUGCUCACGCCAGCAUGUACGGCGGCUACUACUACCCACCCGCUCCACCACCCGCCCCUGCCAUGCCGCACCCAGUGAUCCCUCCUCCGCCUCCUCCGGUGGUUCCUGGCGUCGCCGCUCCUUACUACUAUCCCUACCCUUACUAUCCUCCUCCGAUGUAGUGCAGGAGCAUGCACUUGAACUCUUUUGAUACCCUUUUUUGUUUUUGUUUUGACUGGCAAUGAAUGUUUGUUUUUGAUUGAUGAUGACGACUUUGUGCGAUAAAGUAACCCUGUCGUGUUUUUUC